UAGAACGUUUUUUCACACGACGUCCGGGAGUGGUCAAAAUAUCCGCAUUUGAGGCUGGUAAGUGAAAUUUGUCCUCUACUUCAGCGUUCCCAUGGUGUAUACCGGAUAACAGCCAAGAAAUACACCAAACGCAUUACGAGUAGGAAGUUCUGGUGGAGGCGGUUUCCGUUAGUAUAGUAGCUGCAGACAGUGUCCAAAUCCAAAGAUGUCUACCGGAAAGAGUAAGAACCAGAGCUCUCUGGUGCUGCACAAGGUGAUCAUGGUGGGAAGUGGCGGUGUCGGCAAGUCAGCCCUCACUCUGCAGUUCAUGUAUGAUGAGUUUGUGGAGGAUUAUGAGCCCACCAAGGCAGACAGCUACAGGAAGAAGGUGGUGCUGGAUGGAGAGGAGGUCCAGAUCGACAUCCUGGACACAGCUGGACAGGAGGACUAUGCUGCCAUCAGAGACAACUACUUCCGGAGCGGAGAGGGCUUCCUGCUAGUCUUCUCCAUCACUGAACAUGAGUCGUUCACCGCCACCUCAGAGUUCCGGGAGCAGAUUAUGCGGGUGAAAGCAGAGAACGAUACCAUCCCUCUGUUGGUGGUGGGGAACAAGUCUGAUCUGGAGGACCGCAGGCAGGUGUCGUUGGACGAGGUCCGGGCCAAGGCAGAGGAGUGGGGGGUGCAGUACGUGGAGACCUCAGCCAAGACACGAGCCAACGUUGACAAGGUGUUCUUUGAUCUUAUGAGGGAGGUGCGAAAAAAGAAAAUGUCAGAGAGUAAAGACAAGGGUGGAAAAGAAGGCAAGAUCAAGAAGGCUUUCAAAUGUUGUCUGCUUUGAUCUAGACCAAACCUUUCAGUCAGA